AUGUCCGAAUUUAUCGACAAUCAAGCUGAAGAAUCUGAAAAUUCUGGUAAUACGACGGACACUUCAGUGGAAUCAGAUGAUGAACCAAGAAAAGCAAAACGCGCUAGAAGAGAUAAGAAAGAGCGACAACGCAAAAAACGAAAAAUCGAAAGUGAUGACGAUGAUGAUGAUGAUGAAGAAGAGGAAGAUGAUGAAGCGCGUAUAAAAAAAGAAAUGGCUGGAUUUGUUGUAGAUGAAGACGAAGAGAUUGAUGAAGAAGUCGAUGAUAAUGAAGAUGACGAUAAAAGUGAUAAUGAGAAGGAUGAUGACAUGGAAUUGGAUGAAGAAGAUCUAGAUUUAUUGCAUGAUAAUCUUGAUAUGCAACAACGUCAUAUUGGGGGUCGCGUAGUUAUUGAAAGUGAUGAAGAAGAAGAUGAUCGUGAACGAAUUAAAAACAAUCUCUUCACUGAGGACACUUUGGGUGAGGAUGAAUCUGAACGUCAGGCACUAGAACGCGAACAUUACGAAAGAAGUGAAGAAUCGGGUUCUGAAUCAGGUCAUUCUGAAGAUGAUUUCAUAGUAACAGAUGAUGGAAGUUCGGCGAGGCGGAAGCAUCGUCGUCAUCAUUUAUUUCCUGGAAUAUCCCAGCAAGCUGUUGAAGAUGCCCGUUGUAUAUUUGGAAUAGAUGAUUUCAGUUCUGCUUAUGAUGCAGUUCUCGAGCCAAGCGAUGAGGAAGAUGAAUAUCCUGAUGAUCGCGAGGAAGGUGAAAGUGAUGCAGAACGAACUCCUCGCAAUCGAAUACGCGAGAAGAAAGCUACAUUAUUGGAUACAAUUGAGCCAGCUGAAUUAGAAGAAAAAUUGCUAUCUGCAAAUGAUAAAAAAAUUCAGUUGGAAGAUCGGCCAGAGCGCUUUCAGUUACGGAAGACUCCUGUUACUGAAGCCACUGAACAAGAGUUAGAAUUAGAGUCAAAGUGGAUAUAUGAAUAUGCCUUCGAACAUGCAACUUUAUCUGUUCAGGAGGAAAGCUGUUUAACUGUGUUAAUGAAUCAUGAUCUGCGUGCUGAUGAAAGAGCUAAAAUCAAAGCUGACGCUCCAGAAAAAAUUCGUCAAGCAUUGACGUUUAUAAGAAAUCAGUUAUUUGAAGUUCCUUUUAUCGCAUUCUAUCGGAAAGAAUAUGUCGAAUCUUGUCUCGUGAUCAACGAUCUGUGGAAAGUCUAUCAGUGGGAUGAAAAGUGGUGCCAUCUGCAACAGCGAAAGAAACGUUUGCUUCAAUUAAUGAAUAGAAUGCUUAAUUAUCAAAUGGAGAAUGAGAAUGUAAAAAUUCUGCGUAUGGUUACGGAAAACGAUAUGAACGAAGUUCAUGGGGUUCAAACUGUUGAAGAUUUAAUGGAUGUAUCUGAAAAAUUUCAACUAUAUUAUGGACCGAAAGUGCCUUAUAUGAUAGAGUAUGAAAAAAGAAAAGCAGAAGAAGAUCCUGAGUUUGAAGCACCGGACGUGCACUUUCGAGCGGCUACACGAAGCGAUAAAUAUAUGAUCUGUAUUCAAAAUGGAAUUGAUCAAAUGGCUGCAUUAUUCGGAUUAACACCACUGCAGUUCGCAGAGAAUUUGGAGUGGAAACGGCAUGAAGUAGCACAGCAUGAUGAAGAACCGUUGGUCGUUGCAGAAAAAUAUAUUUGCCCAGCUUUUCCGACAGCUGAAGCAGUUCUCGCUGGCGCCGUUCAUGUCGUAGCGAAAGAAAUUAGCAGAGAACCAAAAGUACGUGCUCUGGUUCGUUCAAGAUAUCGUCAUCGUCUGAAAAUUAGCGUUCAUCCAACCAAAAAGGGAUAUGACGAAAUUGAUGAGAAUCACAGACUUUAUCCUAUACGAUACAUUAAAGACAAACCAGUAAGUGCGAUACGCCACGAAGAAUAUCUUUUGUAUGACCAAGGAAAGGCUGGAGGUCUUAUUGAAUUUCGCCUGCAUUGCGAUACAGAUGAGGACGUACGAUUGAAGCGCACAUUACUUGAGAGUUUUCUCGAAGAACAACAUUAUUAUAAAGACGAAUUCUCAGCAGUCGUAGAUAAGUGGAACAAAGUGCGUGAAUACGCUGUAAAAGAAUGCAUCAAUCAAAUUUUAAUACCAGUUUUCGAAAAAGAAGUUCAUGAAAGAUUGCUUCGAGAGGCUAGAGAUUAUGUUAUAAAGCAAUGCACGCAAAAUUUGUACGAGCGCAUAAAAACUGCUACUUAUCGGUCAAUCCAUGAGGAUGAUGACGAAUAUAUAGAUGAUUUUAACUCCGGGACGAGGAUACUUGCUAUUUCUUAUCCGGAAGAAAGAGAUCAGGUAUCAUUUGGUGCAUUAAUUGAUCAAGAUGGCCAGGUAGUUGAUCAUAUUCGUCUGGUUCAUAUCAAUAAAAGCAUUUUCUCGAAAAAACCGCAUGAAGCGGAUCUAAAGCGUCAAGAUAUGGAAUUGUUGCGGAAAUUUCUCGAAAAGCGUCAUCCGCACGUCAUCGCCAUUGCAGGGGAAAAUAUGGAUGCAUAUUAUCUAAAAAAAGAUAUUGAAGCUAUGAUAUCAUCGUUCUUUUCCAGAAGUGAUAGUUUUGAUACAGCAGUGGAAAUCGUCGACAAUGAAGCUGCAAAAAUAUAUAUGCAUAGUAAACAAGCAAUGAUGGAAUUUCCUGACUAUCCACAUAUACUGAAACAAGCAGUAUCAGUGGCUCGUCUUUUAUUGGAUCCAUUAGCCGAAUAUUCUCAUCUUUGCAAUGUUGAUGAAGAUAUACUUUGUGUAUCAUAUCAUCCGCUUCAAAAUGAAAUCAAUAAAGAUGAUUUAUUGAGUGCAUUAUCUUUGGAAUUUAUUAAUCGUGUGAAUGAAGUUGGCGUCGAUGUUAAUCACUGUUUGGAAUUCCCACACACGGCUUCGCUGCUACAGUUUGUUUGUGGUUUUGGCCCUAGAAAAGCAGUCCAUCUUUUAAAAAUAUUGAAACAAAAAGAUAAUUUACUUGGUAGCAGGACAAAAUUAGUAACUGAUUGCAAUAUGGGACCAAAAGUAUUCAUGAAUUGCGCAGGUUUCAUAAAACUUGAUACUACAAAAGUUGGAGAAAGAACUGACGCAUAUGUUGAGGUCUUGGAUGGAUCUCGAGUGCAUCCGGAGACUUAUGAAUGGGCUAGAAAGAUGGCUGUUGAUGCAUUAGAAAUUGAUGAUGCUGCUGAUCCAACAAGUGCUCUCGAAGAAAUCCUGCAAAAUCCUGACAAAUUGAAAGAUUUGGAUUUGGAUGCUUUCGCCGAAGAGUUAGCUAGGCAAGGUUUUGGUAAUAAAAGCAUUACACUUUACGAUAUUCGAGCUGAAUUAAAUCGUCGCUACAAAGAUUUGCGAGUUCCUUAUGAAAGUCCAUCUGCUGAACGAAUCUUUACUAUGCUAACUAAGGAAACUUCAGAUUCGAUUGGCAAAUUGGUGAUGGGUCAUGUUUUGCGUAUAGUCUAUCGUAAAUCGCACGACCCUGACAGAGAAAGAGUCCCUCCUAUUCGGGAUGAAAGAACGGGGCAAUGGAGGUGUCAAUAUUGCUUCAAGCCAGACUUUAGAAAUACAAAUGAGGUUUGGCAACAUAUUGAUAGUUGUCCAGGGCAACCGAUUGGUGUUAAAAUUCGGUUUGAUAAUGGAAUUACGGGUUUCAUACCAAACAAAUAUUUAUCGGAUAGGCCGGAUUCUUUCGUUGAUCCUGGUGAAAGAGUUAAGGAAGAUGCAGAGAAAUAUAAAAAAAUGAAAGAACAGCGGAUAGUUAAUACGAAUUUUGUGAAACGCGUCAUUUCACACCCUGCUUUUCAUAAUGUUGUUUAUAACGAUGCUGAACGAAUGCUACAGGGUUUUGAACAAGGUGAAGCGUUGAUACGACCCAGUUCAAAAUCUACUUCACAUUUGACAGUUAGUUGGAAGGUUGCUGAUGGAGUUUAUCAACAUAUCGACGUCAAGGAAGAAAAUAAACAGCAUUAUUUCAGUAUAGGCAAAACCCUUUUGAUAGGAUCUGAAGUGAGCUAUUUCUUAUCGAUCAAUUUUGAACUGAAAGCGUCGACAUUAGCGAAAACAUCGCCAUUGAUUAGAGAUUUGAUUAGAGAUUUCGCUUUUGAUAAAAUUUAUUUGGAUGAAUUUGAAGAUUUGGAUGAAAUUUUGGCGCGGCAUAUACAGCCAAUGGCGGCUUUAGCCCGUGAAGUUCUAUCGCAUAAGUAUUUCGUAGAAGGUGUAAAAGCAGAAGAAGUGGAUAAAAUCAAAGCUCAUCUACAAGCUGAAAAAAAGCGAGUGUAUCCACGAAUACCAUAUUGUUUAACAGUAUCAGCCAAACUGAUCGGUAAAUUUUGCCUUUCAUAUUUACCAAGAAGGACUUGCAUGUAUGAUUAUUUUACUAUCACACCAGACGGAUUUCGAUAUCGUCAGCGAAUUUUUUCUUCUCUAGAUAAUCUUCUUGCCUGGUUCAAGAAACAUUGCAAACCUCCAUCUGAUGGUAUCGAAAAUGUUAUGUCAAUGAACUAA